GCGGGUGCGCCCGGCGGGGUGCGGCCGUGGAGCAGCCAUGGCGGAGGCCGCGCCGCAGCGCCUGGCGCUGCCCUCGGGGCUGCUGGAGCUGUGCGCGCUGCUAGGGGCCCCCCGGGACAGCUUCCGCGGCCCCGAGCAGGUUGCCCAGCAGAAGGGAGUCAGAAGGCUUCCGUCUCUCGAUCCGGAGGUGCUGUCCGUUUUUGUGCCUCCUUUUGUCAGUAGGGAGGACAGUCAGAUGGCUGGUGCCAACUGCACGCUUCUAAGCAAAACCAGAAGGCGCUCCCUCAGAAAGAAGAGAGAGAAGCCCAAACCAGAACCCAGAGGCCUGCCAGGUGGCCCUAGAGAACCGGAUUCUGAGGACGUUAGUAUCCCCAACGGCGUGGACCUGCUCGCCCUGCCUCAGCUGUGUUUCCCAGGGGGCGUGUGCGUGGCCUCUGAACCGAAGGAGGAUUGUGUACACUUUCUGGUGCUGACUGAUGUCUGUGGGAACAGGACCUACGGCGUGGUUGCCCAGUACUACCGACCCCUGCAUGAUGAGUACUGUUUCUACAACGGCAAAGCACGCUGGGAGUCGUCCAGGCUGUCCGUGGGUGCAGCUGGCUGCUUCGUGCCGUUCGCGGUGUGCGUGGUCUCCAGGUUCCCCUAUUACAACGCCCUCAAGGACUGCCUGUCCUGUUUAUUGACUCAUCUGAAGCUCUGUAAAGAUUUUGAAGUUGACAACCACAUAAAAGAUUUUGCUGCAAAACUAUCUUUAAUACCAAGCCCACCGCCCGGACCUCUCCAUUUGAUAUUUAACAUGAAACCACUACAGAUUGUGUUCCCCUCACGAGCGGACCCCGAAAGCCUAGUCAUCGACCUGGACCUUCACCUGCCCUUGCUGUGCUUCAGACCUGAGAAGGUGCUGCAGAUCCUGACCUGCCUUCUCACGGAGCAGCGGAUCGUGUUCUUCUCCUCCAACUGGGCUCUGCUGACGCUUGUCGCCGAGUGCUUCUUGGCCUACCUCCACCCCCUGCAGUGGCAGCACACGUUCGUGCCCAUCCUGUCGGGCCAGAUGCUGGAUUUUGUCAUGGCUCCCACAUCCUUUCUCAUGGGCUGCCACCUCAACCACUUUGCAGAAGUCAGCAAGGAGGCUGAUGGUUUAAUUCUGAUAAACAUCGAUAACGGGAGCAUCACCUACUCUAGUGACGAGGACAUUGACGUCCCCGACAUCCCUCUCCUGGCGGCGCAGACGUUUAUUCAGAGGGUCCAGAGCCUUCAGCUGCAUUACGAGUUGGCCCUUGCCCACCUUGGCUCCAGCACAGACCUGAACGAGGGGCGAGACUGCAGGCGGGCCUGGCAGCAAACACUCAACCGCCAGAUCCAGCAGAUCACCCUGCAGCUGCUCGUCAGCAUCUUCAGGGAAGUGAAGAAUCACUUAAAUUAUGAACAUCGAGUAUUUAAUAGUGAAGAGUUCCUCAAGACAAGAGCCCCAGGGGACCAGCAGUUUUAUAAACAGGUUUUGGAGACCUACAUGUUUCAUUCUUUUCUUAAAGCCCGGCUCAGCAGGAGGAUGGACGCCUUUGCUCAGAUGGACCUUAACACGCAGUCCGAAGAGGACAGAAUUAGUGGGAUGCUUGUCAGUCCACGAAGACCGACCAUUGAGAAGAUGGCCUCGCGGAAGUCCUCGGCCCUGCACGGGGCUCACAGGCGCAUGGUGGUCAGCAUGCCCAACCUGCAGGACAUCACCACUCCCGAGGUGCCGCUCCGGAACGCGUCGCUGCGGAAAGUGGAGGCCGCGGACUGGGGGAGCAGCAGCACAGUUCUGAAUGUGACCCCUAAAACGACGUAUACGUUCAAGAUACCGGAAAUCCACUUUCCCCUGGUGAGCCAGUGUGUCCAGGCCUAUUACUCCGACUGCGUCAGCCUGCUGAGCAAAGCCAUGAGCUGUCUGGCCCCGGAGAACUCCGCGCUCCUGGCGAGAUACUUCUACCUCCGCGGACUCGUUCAUCUGAUGCAGGGGCAACUGCUGGAUGCCCUCUUAGAUUUCCAAAGUCUCUACAAAACUGACGUGAGGAUCUUUCCUGCGGAUCUCGUUAAGAGGACGGUGGAGUCCAUGUCGGCCCCCGAGCGCGCCCAGGCCGAGGGGACCCCCGAGCUGAGGCGGCUCAUCAGCGAGGUCAUGGACAAGGCCAGGGAGGCCCCCAAGGCGGACGACCGUGUGAAGCACUUCGAGCUGCCGAAGCAGCACAUGCAACUGGGCGAUUUCGUGAGGAGGGUUCAGGAGUCGGGCAUCGUGAAGGACAUCAGCACCAUACAUCGACUGUUUGAGGCCUUGACCGUAGGACAGCAGAAACAGAUUGACCCAGAAACAUUCAAGGAUUUCUACAACUGCUGGAAGGAGACAGAAGCAGAGGCCCAAGAGGUCAUUCUGCCUUCAUCAGUGAUGGAACACCUGGAUAAAAACGAGUGUGUUUACAAGCUGUCAAGCUCUGUCAAGACCAACUGGGGUGUGGGCAAGAUCGCCAUGACCCAGAAGCGCCUGUUCCUCCUGACCGAAGGGAGGCCGGGCUAUGUGGAGAUUUCCACCUUCAGAAACAUAGAGGAAGUCCGAAGUACCACGGUAGCUUUUCUGGUGCUGAGAAUACCCACUUUAAAAAUUAAAAUGGCGUCCAAGAAAGAAGUCUUUGAAGCUAACCUUAAAACGGAGUGUGACCUGUGGCACCUGAUGGUGAAGGAGAUGUGGGCCGGGAAGAAGCUGGCCGAUGACCACAAGGACCCCCAGUACGUCCAGCAGGCGCUGACCCACGUCUUGCUGAUGGACGCCGUCGUGGGCACACUGCAGUCGACCGGCGCCAUUUAUGCUGCCUCCAAGUUAUCUUAUUUUGAUAAGUUGAAGAAUGAAAUGCCCAUGGCAGUUCCCAAGACAACCUCGGAAACGCUGAAGCACAAGAUAAACCCUUCGGCGGGCGAGACUUGCCCACAAGCCAUUGGCGUCUUGUUGUACACUCCAGGGCAUCUUGAUCCAGCAGAAAAAGUUGAAGAUGCUCACCCUAAAUUAUGGUGUGCUCUGAAUGAAGGCAAAGUGACCGUAUUUGAUGCUUCCUCGUGGACGAUUCACCAGCACUGCUUUAAAGUGGGCACGUCUAGACUGAACUGCAUGGUGAUGGCGGAGCAGAACCAGGUGUGGGUCGGCUCGGAGGACUCCGUCAUCUACAUCAUCAACGUCCACAGCAUGUCGUGCAGUAAGCAGCUCACGGAUCACCGCGCCAGUGUCACGGGUUUGGUUGUGCGGGACGGGACGGAGGCGCCCAGGGAGGUGUAUUCCUGCAGCAUGGACGGGACUGUCCUCGCGUGGAACGUGAGCACGCUGCGGGUGACUAGCAGCUUCCAGCUGCCGAGCGGCGGGCUUUCGUCCAUCAGACUGCACGACGGCCACCUGUGGUGCUGUACAGGGAACAGCAUCAUGGUUGUGUCAGUGAAUGGAUUUCUUCGUCAAGAACUGAAGAUCAACGAGAGCCUUGGAGAGAUCAGCACGUCCUUCCUCGGUUUCCAGCUCCUUCCCGAGCGGGAGCAGCUCUGGGCGGCGUGUGCCGGCUACGACAAGAUCUGCAUCUGGAGCCUCAAGGACCUGGCAGCGCCCCCUGAGAGGAUUCACCUGCACGACUGCUCCGAGGUCACCUGUAUGAUCAGGGUGAAGACGCAGAUCUGGGUGGGCGGCACGGGCCUGUCGCAGGGAAAAUCCAAAGGGAAGAUCUACGUGAUUGACGCCGAGAGGAAGACGGUGGAAAAGGAGCUGGUGGCCCACACGGACACGGUGCAGACUCUGUGCUCGGCCGAGGACAGAUACGUGCUGAGCGGGUCAGGCAGGGAGGAGGGCAAGAUUGCCAUCUGGAAAGUCGAAUAAACGUGGGUCAAUGUGCUGAGCAGAGCUGUGCUCUGUGACUGAGAACCGUGUGCCCUUUGCCGGCUUUCUGGAGCUUUCCCAGAGAAGGCAGGGUCCAGAGCCAGGCUGGGCCCUGGUGGGUGCGUGUGUCCCCUGCAGGUGCCUGUUUCUCUUUCUGCCUCAGUUAUGAGACCAAGGGUAACGCGCUCUCUCUCGACUUUCUUGCUCAAACUGUACCCACAGCGUUUCAGGUUGGGGGGGUGAGUUCUCAGGCAGGCAGCUGGGCCAAUUUGGGAUAAAGUCUGCUGAGAAGUUACCCUGUGUGUUGUCUGGAAAGUUCUAGAAAUUUCCAGAAUCCACAACCAGGGGCCAGCCAGAAGCAGUUUAGCCAAGUCACACGUGACCUGCAGCCCUCAUGUCUCUGGUUUGCCUUUCCUCUACUUCCUUCAUUCAACAAAUACCUAUUAACCAGGUUUACAGGAGCCCUACAGCCUUACGUUGACUUCUUGUUUCCAGCAAAGCUUACAAGAAGGAUAUUUUAAAAUGACCACUUUGUGGUUGAACAGGUUUGCGCUGCCCUUGCCGUCCCCCAUCAGAACAGGUGACAGCCUGCCUAGGGCGGGGAUAACGCUGUGCUAAGACUGUCUGGACAGGGGUUGGGCCAGCUGAGGCAAACUCUGUGUUUCUUCUUUUUAAUGCAAAAUUUUUAUAAUGAAGAAACCUAGAGAGAUUAUUUUCUACCAAAGAUCACAGACAACAAGUUCCAUCUGAAAUAGCAUGUAUGUAGUUGUCCAGUCAAGUUGCUGCCGCAUAAGCUCCCCUACCAGAUAUUAACGCACGUUUCAGCUCCACUUACAUCUGUGUGCACACCGUCUGUGGCUAUGUAGACAGGGCUUUAUUAUUUAACUGAAGAUGAUCUCAUUCGCUGUAAAUAACUAAAUACUUGCAAAAAAGACCUUUUGCACAUUUUUACUCUAAUAUUGGGAUUUCGUUCCCUACAUGUCCAGCAGGGGAGGUUUUGGCAUGGUUGCUGGACCUGGAGGGAACAUCCACUUGCCAGCACUGUGGGAGGGCCCGUGGACCCACCGUGAGCUCAGCUGCAGAGGGGCUGCUGGACCCUCUGCCUUGGGUUUUCAGGACUUAGACACCACGCCAGACCUCGCUCACCCUGAGAGCCUCUGAGGGCGUUUGUCAGGCCCCAGAACGGGGCCAAGCUUCAGAAGCUUCUGCGGUGCCUCCAGGAUGACAGCUCUGGCCAGGACUCUGGCUUGGUCUGCAGGACCCAAACAUCUUGGAAGGUCCCGGUCGCUGACUGACAUUUUGGGGCGUUCUGGGAGUGUGGUGCAGAGAGCAGCCAGGUGGACUAACUGGCCCCCCACAGUCGGUGCUUAGAGAGGGUGUGUUCCCCUGACUUCUAGAAGGAAGACUUAGCCAGUAGCAAAGAGCAGAAGGUUGAAUUCUGCUUUUGUAAACACAUGAAAAAUUACACAUAAAUUAUUUAAUGCCAGUCCACAUGUAACCAAGUAUUUUCACACUGUCGAUAAUAAAUUCUUUUGUUAAUAAACA